AUGACGCAACAAAAUGCAAUCCGAAUGUCAAGAUCGGAAAUAAAUGUAAAGAGAUUACUAGGACGAUGUGAAUUAUUAGCCAAGGAAGAUAGCCAUCAAGAUUGGAGAUUAGAAAAGUACAUAAAUGCGUUGGACGAUGCGAUUAAAAAAUUGCAAACUUUGCCAGAUAAACCUAGUAGGGAUAAAAUGAUGGAGUACACAAAGAGAAUUGAUUUUUUAAAAGGAGUUAUUGAUGCAGCAAAACUUACUAAUUCGAUAGAACGAGUCGUAGCGGCACAAAUGCUACCUAGAGCUACGUCGGUACUUGUAGAUUCAACUGGCCCCAGUAUUGUCACGCAAAUACAUCAGAAAACUUCAGCUAAAUAUAAUAAAGAGUUGCAAUCUGAGUUGUUUAAUACUGAAUUGGAUGGUGAUAGCAGUGUAAGACAUCGUUUGACGAAUUCCUCACCAACUCAAGAUGAAGAUUUGGAUGCAUUGAUAAAAUACAAUCGUAAUAUGCAAGAAAAAAUAGCUGAAAAUAUGUUAUUAAUGACAAACAACAUGAAAGAACACGCAUUAACUGCAAAUGCAAUUAUAAAAAAAGAUCUAGCUUCUUUAGAAAGGUCAGAUAAGCUGACAGAAAUAAACGCCGUUAAAUUGAAUAAAGAAUCAUUAAAACUUGAAGAACACACCAAAUCUAAAUGGAGAUGCCUAGUUUGGACUGAUGAAUUAUCUUUUGAAGAGGGUGAAAUACUCUAUGUGUAUGAUCGAGAUACUGAUGCUAAUUGGUGGAAAGCCAAAUGCGGUGACAAAGAUGGAUUAAUUCCCUCUAAUUAUGUUGAAGAACAGACUGAAGAAGUCGAGUUACCUCUUCAUGAAGCUGCUAGAAGAGGUAAUUUAUCAUUUCUCCAAGAAUGUUUGAGACAAGGAGUAUCAGGAACGGGUUUAGAUUCUGCUGGAAACACUCCUUUGUACUGGGCAGCCAGAGCAGGACAUAUUGAAUGUAUUAAAGAACUACUAAGUCAACCUAAUCCUGCUAUUAAUGCUCAAAAUAAAAUUGGAGAUUCACCAUUACACGUUGCUGCAAGUCGUGGCCAUGAAGAAGUUGUUGAUUUAUUAUUGAACUAUGGUGCAGACGCUACCUUGAGAAAUAACGAUAAAUUGCUAGCUGAAGACCUGGCUAAUAAAACGUCUAUAAAAAAUGCAAUACAAAUGAGCAAACAAGAUCAUGAUAGAGACUACGGAUACGGAGCAGAUGAUUAUAAUGAUGAUAGUGAUUAA